CAGUCGGGGCGCCCGCAGCGCAGGCUGCCACCCACCUGGGCGACCUCCGCGGCGGCGGCGGCGGCGGCUGGGUAGAGUCAGGGCCGGGGGCACACGCCGGAACACCUGGGCCGCCGGGCACGGAGCGUCGGGGGGCUGCGCGGCGCGCGCCUGGAGAGGGCGCAGCCAUGCAGGCGGCGGCGGCGGCGGGGGGCGUGCGGACGGCCGCGCUGGCGCUGCUGCUGGGGGCGCUGCACUGGGCGCCGGCGCGCUGCGAGGAGUACGACUACUAUGGCUGGCAGGCCGAGCCGCUGCACGGCCGCUCCUACUCCAAGCCGCCGCAGUGCCUUGACAUCCCUGCCGACCUGCCGCUCUGCCACACGGUGGGCUACAAGCGCAUGCGGCUGCCCAACCUGCUGGAGCACGAGAGCCUGGCCGAAGUGAAGCAGCAGGCGAGCAGCUGGCUGCCGCUGUUGGCCAAGCGCUGCCACUCGGAUACGCAGGUCUUCCUGUGCUCGCUCUUUGCGCCCGUCUGUCUCGACCGGCCCAUCUACCCGUGCCGCUCGCUGUGCGAGGCCGUGCGCGCCGGCUGUGCGCCGCUCAUGGAGGCCUACGGCUUCCCCUGGCCUGAGAUGCUGCACUGCCACAAGUUCCCCCUGGACAACGACCUCUGCAUCGCCGUGCAGUUCGGGCACCUGCCCGCCACCGCGCCUCCAGUGACCAAGAUCUGCGCCCAGUGUGAGAUGGAGCACAGUGCUGACGGCCUCAUGGAGCAGAUGUGCUCCAGUGACUUUGUGGUCAAAAUGCGCAUCAAGGAGAUCAAGAUAGAGAAUGGGGACCGGAAGCUGAUUGGAGCCCAGAAAAAGAAGAAACUGCUCAAGCCGGGCCCCCUGAAGCGCAAGGACACCAAGCGGCUGGUGCUGCACAUGAAGAACGGCGCGGGCUGCCCCUGCCCACAGCUGGACAGCCUGGCGGGCAGCUUCCUGGUCAUGGGCCGCAAAGUGGAUGGACAGCUGCUGCUCAUGGCCAUCUACCGCUGGGACAAGAAGAAUAAGGAGAUGAAGUUUGCGGUCAAAUUCAUGUUCUCCUACCCCUGCUCCCUCUACUACCCUUUCUUCUACGGGGCGGCAGAGCCCCACUGAAGGGCACUCCUCCCUGCCCUGCCAGCUGUGCCUUGCUUGCCCUCUGGCCCCGCCCCAACUUCCAGGCUGACCCGGCCCUACUGGAGGGUGUUUUCACGAAUGUUGUUACUGGCACAGGGCCUAAGGGAUGGGCACGGAGCCCAGGCUGUCCUUUUUGACCCAGGGGUCCUGGGGUCCCUGGGAUGUUGGGCUUCCUCUCUCAGGAGCAGGGCUUCUUCAUCUGGGAGAAGACCUCAGGGUCUCAGAAAGUAGGCAGGGGAGGAGAGGGUGAGGGAAAGGUGGAGGGGCUCAGGGCACCCUGAGGCGGAGGUUUCAGAGUAGACGGUGGUGUCAGCUCCAGCUCCCCUCUGUCGGUGGUGGGGCCUCACAUUGAAGAGGGAAGUCUCAAUAUUAGGCUAAGCUAGUUGGGGGAGUUCUCCCCACCGCCCCUGUGUGCGUCAUCCUAGCCCCCCUUAGGAAAGGAGUUAGGGUCUCAGUGCCUCCAGCCACACCCUCUGCCUUCCCCAGCUUGCCCACUUCCCUGCCCCAAGGCCCAGAGCUCCCCCAGACUGGAGAGCAAGCCCAGCCCAGCCUCGGCAUAGACCCCCUUCCGGUCCGCCCGCGGCUCGCUUCCCGGGGUUUAUUCCUCAGCCUCUGCUUCUCCCUUUUAUCCCGAUAAGUUAUUGCUACUGCUGUGAGGCCAUAGGUACUAGACAACCAAUACAUGCAGGGUGGGGUUUUCUAAUUUUUUUAACUUUUUAAUUAAAUCAAAGAAAACAAUAA